UGAUUGGCUGCUAGGUACGCCAAUCAAGUCGCGGGCUGGAUCAAGUUCCCCAGCCGCCUGUUAGUGUGUGUGCUUGAGCUGUGGCUGCAGAGAGGGGAGGCUGCUGUACGGGCAGCGGGUGCGUCAGCUCGGGGCCGCCGGCAAGAUGAUGAAGUUUCGGUUCAGGCGGCAGGGCCACGACCCGCAGAGGGAGAAGAUAAAGCAGGAACUGUUCGCCUUCAACAAGACUGUAGAACAUGGAUUCCCCAACCAGCCGAGCUCACUCGCUUUUGACCCCUUACUCCGAAUCAUGGCCAUUGGAGCAAAAUCGGGAGCCGUUAAAAUAUAUGGUGCCCCAGGCGUGGAGUUUACAGGUUUGCACAAAGACAUGGCCACCGUGACCCAGAUGAACUUCUUACCCGGACAGGGUCGCCUCCUGUCUCUGCUGGAUGAUAACACCAUACACCUGUGGGAGCUGCAGCAGAAAGAUGGAAGUUCUUACCUUGAGGAAACUCACAGCUUCAUUCUUCCUGGCAAGCCAGGGUUCGACUGUGCUAACUCUCCUCCGAGUGUCACGCGAGUGACUGUCAUACUGAUAACGGCCUCAUGUGAAGUUGCGGGCCUUGGGACGGAAGGAGGAGGGGUGUACUUUAUCCAGAUCCCAAGCUUAAAACUGCUGGAGGAAAAGACUUUGCUUCAAGAUGAGAUCAUAAAAAGCUUGCCUGAGGAGUACAGGUGCGGGAAGACUCUGGGACCCGUUGAGUCUUUGCAGGAACACCCGUGUCAGCGUGGGAAGAUCCUGAUUGGCUACAGCCGAGGCCUGGUGGUUCUGUGGGAUCAGGAGGCUCGGAAAAUGGAACACUUGUUUCUUGGGAAUCAGCAAUUGGAGAGCGUCUUCUGGGGGCGCAAAGGGUCUUCUUUCAUCAGCUCUCACAGCGACGGAGGUUAUAUGGUGUGGGAAGCGGGUAGUGACUCCAGCACCACGUCGCAGCCAGUCACCUCUAAAAUACCAUAUGGUCCAUUUCCCUGCAAAGCCAUCAACAAAAUUCAGUGGAGGUCCAGCAGUUCUGGAAACCCAUUCAUCAUAUUCAGCGGGGGAAUGCCCCGGGCCAGCUACGGGGACCGGCACUGCGUUACUAUUCUUCAAGGGCAGAACCUGGUUACCCUGGAUUUCACUUCUCGUGUUGUCGACUUCUUUACAGUGUGCCCUCUCAAGAGUGAAGAUGACUCUGACAAUCCCACUGCUCUGGUAGUGUUGGUGGAGGAGGAGCUGGUGGUGAUUGACCUGCAGACUCCUGGUUGGCCGACUAUCCCCACUCCUUACUUGGCUCCCCUCCAUUCGUCCGCCAUCACCUGCGCCUAUCACAUCUCCAACGUCACCACCAAGCUUUGGGAGAGGAUCAUCAGCACGGGAGAACAGCAGAACCCCCAGCUUUCUUCAGUGAACUGGCCAAUAGACGGAGGAAGGAAUUUAGCCGAGGAACCUGCCCAGCGAGGGCUCCUUCUUACUGGGCAUGAAGACGGCACGGUGCGUUUUUGGGACGCCUCCGGGGUGGCGCUGAGACCCCUGUACAAGCUGAGCACGGCUGGAAUCUUCCAGACAGACUGCGACCACAAUGAGAGCUUCAACCAAAGUAACGAUGAAGAGUGGCCCCCGUUCCGCAAGGUUGGAUGUUUUGACCCUUACAGCGAUGACCCGCGCCUGGGCAUACAGAAGAUUGCACUUUGCAAGUACAGCGGCAAGUUGCUGGUGGCUGGCACUGCAGGGCAGGUUCUAGUGAUGGAUCUGAAUGACGAGAAGUCGGAGCACACCAUCAAUGUGGCCACGGUGGACCUGCUGCAGGAAAGGGAAGGCUUUACGUGGAAGGGCCACGAUAGGCUGACACCAAGAAAUGGUUCCCUCUUCUUCCAGUCGGGUUUUCAGACCACCAUGUUGGUGCAGUGUAUGCCUCCGGCGGCUGUCACUGCUAUUGCGCUGCAUUCUGAGUGGAAUCUGGUGGCGUUUGGGACCAGCCACGGCUUUGGGCUCUUCGAUUAUCACCGGAGGAGUCCUGUGCUUGCCAGGUGCACCCUGCACCCCAAUGACUCGCUGGCUAUGGAGGGUCCGUUAUCGAGGGUGAAGUCUUUAAAGAAGUCCCUAAGGCAGUCGUUCCGCAGGAUUCGGAAGAGCAGGGUCUCUGGGAAGAAAAGGCCGAACACCGGCAGCCCACCCAGCAGGUUACAAGAAGCCAACGCUCAGCUGGCAGAACAAGCUGGACCUCAUGACCUUGACAUUGCCCCCGUGCAGAGAAGGAUUGAGCCCCGCUCUGCCGAUGACUCCCUGUCGGGCGUUGUGCGUUGCUUGUAUUUCGCAGACACAUUCCUACGGGACGCGGUCCAUCACGGCCCCACCAUGUGGGCAGGCACCAAUUCCGGCUCAGUAUUUGCCUACGCUUUGGAGGUGCCGUCUCGGGAGAAGUUAUCGGAGCGCUCAGCGGAGGCUCUGUUGGGCAAGGAGAUUCAGCUCAUGCAUCGGGCCCCGGUAGUGUCCAUUGCUGUGCUGGACGGGCGAGGAAACCCCCUGCCUGAACCAUUUGAGGUUUCCCAGGACUUGGCCAAAGCACCAGAUAUGCAGGGGACCCACUCUGUGCUCAUCUCUUCUGAGGAACAGUUUAAGGUAUUUACGUUGCCCAAGGUAAGUGCCAAGACGAAGUUUAAACUGACUGCCCACGAGGGCUGUCGCGUGAGGAAAGUCGCCCUCGCCAACUUCACCAGCUCCUCCUCGGACGACUACUCUGAGAACUGUUUGGCCUGUUUGACCAACCUGGGGGACAUCCACGUGUUCACUGUGCCGGGACUGAGGCCUCAAGUGAGAUACGACUGCGUACGGAAGGAGGACAUCAGUGGCAUUGCCUCCUGUGUGUUCACCAAGUACGGGCAAGGCUUUUACCUGAUCUCUCCCUCCGAGUUUGAACGCUUCUCCCUGAGUGCCAAGAACAUCACGGAGCCCGUGUGUCUGGUGGAGUUUGAUAGGCCCCACGAUCCUUCACACGUCGGCCAUAAGGCGACUCCAUCUCCGAAAGCCAACGGGACGCACAUCCUGAGGGACUUGGACGCAAACCAGAAGGCGACAGAAGGGAACGCGGGUGAGCGCAUGCCAGAAUUUUCGCCCUCUCCUCUUGACUCGCCAUUGAACAGCAUGGAUUUGACUCUGGACACCACGGGAGACAUUACGGUGGAGGACGUGAGGGAUAUACUGGGAGCAACAGAUGAAGCCGAAAAGAAUAUGAAGAAUUCAGCAGAUGACCCUCUGCCUCCUGAGAUAUUGAUUAAAUAAGGUCUAACCUUUCUGAAGCACCUCCUCCGACUGGUUCCUUAACUGUACGGGCUUGGACCAUUUGUGAGGGGAGCAAUGCUCUGGGUUGAAUCCACAUUUUGGAGGGGAAACGUAGGCCAAUGGAAUGUUCCGAGGAGGCCGCAACUUCAGAUCAGUUGGCUUUUCUGCUAAAUUUAACUUUUCACCUGCAACCCACCCAUCCCUCUUGAUAGAACCACUGGAGUUUCACUAGACCUUUCCACCGGCUCAUCCUGUUCCUUCAAGUCAUGACUUGGACGGUUCUGCCAUCAACGACGACUGUCGGCAACCCCAAAACUGUUUUUGGUUGAGGCAACCAAAGGCUCAUUGAUAUGCAAAGGGCUCAUGGGAUUUAUUUGUUUUGUAUAUUUUCUAAAACACUUGGCAUUGUAGGCCAGAUUCUUCUCUGUAGCGGAACCCAAUAACUCCUUCCUUCUGACCAAAUCCCGUCAGGUUUGCACGGUAGACCUUGAACAGAAAUCCAGAGAACUCGCUCGUUGGCGGAGCAGGACAUGAAUAUUAAAGACGCAUCUUGCACGACCUUCUUUGAGUGCCUUUGGGGUCGGGUUGGGGCAGAUCUAAGGGAACAGCACAAUUAGUCGCAUACUGCUCCUCCCCCCCAGAACUUCAGCUUAUCUAGUCAUCGGGCUUCUAAUGGUGCUUUUCCCACACUGGUGGUUGGUUGUUUCACAAGCGCUGUUUUCAAGACUGGUAAAGAAUCGAGCCCUCUGCUUUCUGAUUGGACGCCGUCAAGCUGUGGCCAUGAAAGGGCUGUAGGUCAGCGCUGCUUUGCUACUCUGCACGCCCCUCCCCUGAGGAGCCAUUCCUGAGCAUUCUGAAUGUUUGUAUCUUGCACGUCCAUUUUUUUUUUUUGUAACCACUGGGGCCAGAAAGUCUAUUGCACCGCUACAAAUGUUUCAUAUACAGGUCCGUGCCCAAGUCGAAGGCAUUCUUAUAAUUCUGGCUGUGAUGUCACUUAUAAUUCAGGCUGUGAUGUCACUUAUAAUUCAGGCUGUGAUGUCAUUGGAGGGGGGGUUGACUGUAUACGCUCAUUGUCUUGCAAAUGAAUAUUAGGCCCAGUCCUUCUCUCUCCUCCCGCCACGGACUGCUUUGUAACAAACUGUGACUUCACGACUCCUGCAGCACCUCAGGGGUCCAAUCUGAACAUUUAUAGCGACUGUUGCGUGUUUAGAGAUAUUUUUGUAUGCCUCCGUUUCUAAGGCUAUUUUGGUACUUUUUUUUUUUUUCCCCGUCCUCCCCAUGUAAAUCUUGUCCCGGGGAGGCCAUGGGGGUCACUCGCUAACAGUACAGUUUGUCUUGGAAAAUUAUCCAGUUUACAUGGAUUUUAUUUUUCUGUUUAGAAAUUUUUCAAUAUUUUUUUUUUUUUUUUGUUAAGGGAUUUGCUUAGGUUAAAAAAAAUCACUGUUUUAUUAAAAAAAAAAAAGAGGAAAGAAUAAAGUAUUCACUUGUUCGUCACUUUA